CUCCAAUUUGCUACAGACAUUUAUUUCUUGGUCCAUUUUCAAUUGUUGAGCGUCAUUUCAUACAAACUUCAAAACACACUCUCUCUUUUCUUCUUCCCUUCAAACUCUACUCAGCGCAUCGCAAGUUCGCAACAAUGGUGGUUCCCGGUCAAGAUAAUCAACCGUCUACUUCGAAUAAUGAUCGUUUCUUGGUUCUCAAAUUGUCUGAAGAUGACCCUUUGUUUCAAAAGAAAAUUAAGUUGCUUAGAGAUAAGGGCUUUGGACAAGCAGACCUUGUACGCUUUGAUGACACUUUAGUUCCUGAUAGUGUGAAUGCCAAUUUGGAUGCCUUGCUUCAGCGAGCCCGAAUCAUUCACUUGAAUGAAACGGAGCUUUAUUUUGGCGUUGGUGUUAUGAAUAUGAAUUUAGAAGAAGAAGUGUACAGUCCUCGGAAUGAGUUAGAGGCUCUCAAUUUUAUCCUGUCUCGUCUUGAUCGCUGCAGAGAGAAGAGUGUUGAGGAAAAUGUUUCACUGAAAGCUGUACGAGAUGCAAUUAUCACACGAAUUUACAGUUUUGGAGACACAUAUAAAAUGGAAACAAAUAUAAUAAAGGAUACAUGUGACAGUGAGAAGCAUCUUAUGGAGUGGGCUGAAACCCAUGGUCUCAAAUCUAAGCUGAAUAUAGCUUAUAUUGAAGGCGCGGGGAGAGGAGUUCUGGCUGCUGAAGACCUUGAGGUUGGAGACAUAGCUCUGGAGAUACCUAUUUCUGUUAUUAUCUCAGAAGACCUUGUCUAUAAAUCUGACAUGAUUCCAGUGUUAGAAAAGAUAGAAGGCAUUUCUGCUGAAACUAUGUUGUUGUUGUGGAGUAUGAGGGAGAGGCACAACGUUGACUCGAAGUACAAAAUCUACUUUGAUACACUGCCUGAACAAUUUAACACUGGAUUGAGCUUUGGUCUGGACGCAAUGGUGGCUUUGGAUGAGACCCUGGCCUUAGACGAAAUAUUCCAAGCUAAGGAGCAUUUGCGGUCUGAAUAUGAUGAGUUGUUUCCUGCACUCUUCGACAAGUUUCCUGAUUUAUUCUCACGGGAGUUAUACACAUGGGAACAAUAUCUAUGGGCAUGUGAGCUGUUUUACUCUAAUUCCAUGAAAAUUAUGUUUCCUGAUGGAAAGCUGAAGACAUGUUUGAUCCCUGUGGCAGGCUUUCUAAACCACUCUGUUUGCCCUCAUAUUCUACAUUAUGGCAAAGUAGACACGGUGACAAACACACUCAAAUUCCCUCUGUCAAGACCUUGCAGUAGAGGCGAACAAUGCUAUCUGAGCUAUGGGAAUCUACCUAGUUCUCAUUUGCUGACCUUCUAUGGGUUUCUACCACAAGAAAUGAACCCUUUUGAUAUCAUCCCUCUAGAUAUUGAAGCAGCCCCCGAAUGCACUUCCGAGGAAGGCCAUCUAGAUAGUACCACACACAUGGUUCGGGGUACUUGGCUUUCAACCAAUCAAGGCAUCUUUAACUAUGGACUGCCUUCACCACUGUUGGAGCAUCUACGGCAUGUUGGCAAACCUGACUUGCAGACCAUGACACUGUUUCAAGAAAACUUGGAAAAUGAGAUUAAAGUUCUUGACGAACUUCGCGUGAUAUUUGAAAACAUGAUGGAUAAGCUUGGUGACUCAGAGAUGGAUGACUGGAACAAUAUCAAGUGGGAUGUACAAUUAGCAGUAAGGUACAAAGAUCUGCAGAGAAACAUUGUGUCUUCUAUACUGACUGCCUGUCAUUCUGGACGAAAAAUGGUGGAACGUGAACUCGAGAAAUGCCUGGAUGAGGACAAGCUUGGUUAGCUGCAGCUUCAUUAGUGUGACUGUCAACCAUAACUCGCUUUGUAUGUCUUCUUUGUUGGUGAUAUUACCAUAAAAUUCAAGACUGUAUAAAGUCAUUGUUAGCUUGUAACCCAUGGGGCAAGAUUAGCUUGUUUAGCAUAUUUUAGAUGAACUCUUUACCAUUCAUAUAAAGUACCACAUAUUUUUGGACAAGAUUAUGUUUUUCUCCUUAAUAUUCUAACUUUUGACUUCUAUUUCUUGAUUCA